AUGGCUGAAGAUGCAAGGCCGACAACAACACCGAAAACUCCUGUCGCCAACAAUCAUCAAGAUCCAACAAUGGCAGAAGCUAAGGCAAGCCCUAUAAAACGUAUCAUGUUACCAUUUACCAUACUCUCAUUCCUUCUUUCUUUCCCUAUCCUCUUUUGUGUCGUAUGGCUUUUAUACAUACGAGAGGGCAACUGCGAACACCUAUUACCAUUAGAAAAGCUACAUGUCGGGAUUGUGUUUGGAUUAAUUGUCUUGUUUGUGAUCAGCAAUGGCGUACUUGUGUUCUUGAGAUCACGAUUCCUUAUGUUGGGAUUGAUCCUUGUUAUGGUGCCCCUUCUUGUGAUUCUCACAAUAGGAUUAGCACUCAUCGGAGCAUACACAAUAGAUGGCAGGUUGAUACCAGGUUCACCAGUGUGGUUUAGUAUGAUGGUAAAUAAUGAUAGUAAUUGGAACGCUAUUGAAUCUUGUAUAUACAAUACAAGAACAUGUCAAGAUUUGGCCUUUCAAUGGUCAUAUGAUUUCUCCACGAAUAAACUCUCUCCAAUAGAGUCGGGGUGUUGCAUACCACCAUCGAUUUGUGACAUGAAGUAUGUUAAUGCGACAUGUUGGGAAAAGAAACCCAUAGUUUAUGAAGUCUCAAAUGGUGAAUAUGAUAUCGAUUGUGAUUUAUGGCAAAACGAUGCUACAAAGUUGUGCUACGAUUGUUAUGCAUGCAGAAAAGGUUUUAUAAGUACUCUACGUCAAAAAUGGUAUAGGCUUGGAGUCUUUCUUGUGGUAGUGACAAUCUUGCUUAUUGCUUCCCAUAUGUUGUUAUUUAUCACUACGAUGUGGGAACGCCAUGCAUGA